GGCGUGUCCCUUUCUCUCUGCUGGGCGCAAAACGCUCGCCGCAGAGAACGGGACGACUCGUCUCGAGUCUUCUCGUAGUGAGGCUGGGAAGCACCGGCUGUGACUGCUGCCUUAGCCGGGGUUCUUCUCGAAUACCCACCGGGCCUGGCUGAGCUCUCAGCCUCGGGGACCGAUCGCCGACCGCCCGCCGCAGAGACUGCGAUCGACCGGGACACACCGUGGAGCCGCCUGUGCUAUGGCGGAAGGAAUCGUGAACGCCCCUGAAGAGUUCAGGGGGUGGCUCCUGAAGUGGACCAACUACAUCAAGGGCUACCAGAAGAGAUGGUUCGUUCUCUCCAACGGCCUUCUCUCUUACUACAGAACCCAAGAAGAGAUGACUCAUACCUGCAGGGGCACCAUUAAUCUAGCCGGUGCCUUCAUCGACACACUAGACUCCAGCAACUUCGUAGUCACUAAUGGACCGUCUCAGGUGUACCAUCUGCGGGCACUGAACGAGGUGGAGAGACAGAGAUGGGUGACAGCUCUAGAGCUAGCCAAGGCCAAGGCUGUCAAGACCCUUGACUUCGAGGAUGAGAGUGGGGGAGAGGAUGAGAGAGGAGGGAGUGGCUGUCUGGGAGACACAUUUCUCGUGGGACUGAAGGCCAAGUUGAAGGAGCUCACCUCGGCCCACGACGUCGUCAACAAGAACAGUCUCCAGUUGCUAAAGAUAAUCUCCGAGUUGGAAGAGGGAGGAGUUGGAGUGGGGACGGGGGAAGGAGGAGGGGGAGGGAAGGCCCCAAGCUCCCCAAGAGGAAAAGAGAAACUGGGUCACUUCAAAGCAGCUGCCACUGCCCUGGUCAAGGCAGCCCAAGAGUUUGUGGUACAGGCAGAGUGCACCGAGAGGCGGUGGUCGCGGGCGCUACAGCACGAGCUCUCGGCCCGGGCCCAGCUGCAGGAGAACAUGGAGAAGCUGGCCAAGGAGAUGCACGGGCUGGAGGCCGAGGCUCGCAGGUCCUUCCCCAAGGAGGAGAUCGGACCCCUUCCACUGCCCCGUCAAGACUCGGUAGAAGACAGAGUCAUUCCCGACGGAGAAGAUGUGGCCGACAACGGAACUACGGAGGACGGAGGAGAUGAAGAGGAGACGUUUUUCGACGCAGUCGAAAUGUCGAACGACGAGUUGACGAAACCAAAGUCGGUGUCAUUUCUACCGAGCGACGGUGACGUAGGGGAAGGAGAGGGGGAGAGGGGAGGAGAGGUGCAGUUGAGAGAUGAGGGUGGUAGAGGAGACCAAGUUUGGCCACACGAGGAACGCGAGUGGGGUGUCGGUGAAUGAAGCACAGCAGCUGCUGUCUUCUCCGGAACCAGACCAGCUGCCUUCCUUUUCAGAGAGGACCAUGUCGCUGCCUCACGGGCCGGUGCCGAGUUUCUUUGAGAAGUGGGAGCCGACGUUGCCGAGGCGACGGAGCACCAUUCCCCCCAAACCUCCCACAGACUCAACCUGUGGACUAUCAUGAAGAACUGCAUUGGGAGAGACCUCUCCAAGAUACCCAUGCCUGUUAAUUUCAACGAGCCCACGUCCAUCCUGCAACGGAUGGUGGAGGACAUGUUGUACGUUGAUAUGCUAGAGAAGGCGGCCAGCUGCGACUCCUCGCUAGAGGAGCUGGCGUAUCUCGCCAUCUACUCCUGCUCCGUGUACGGGACGACCGCCGUGUCGGCCCGGGUCGGGAAGCCCUUCAAUCCCAUGUUGGGAGAGACGUACGAAUGUGACAGGCGGGCCGAGUGCGGCUGGAGAGUCUUCAUGGAGCAGGUCACCCACCACCCUCCCAUGUUUGCCAUGCACAUUGAGCACAAGGACUUUACCAUGUGGGAGGAGUACACCGUCGCGUCCAAGUUCAGGGGCAAAUACCUCGUCUGCUACCCUAUCGGGAACACCCACAUUGUCUUCCAUAAGAGCGGGAACCACUACACCUGGAACAAGGUCGUCACCACCAUUCACAAUAUCAUCAUCGGGAAACUAUGGAUCGAUCAGUCAGGAGAUGCCAAGAUCACCAACCAUACCAUCCCCGGAGAAGAGGCCAACAUCAAGUUCCAUGCCUACAGCUACUUCUCAAGAGAGAGACAGAGAAGACUCACAGGCAGUGUAACAGACGAAUCAGGAAAGACACACUAUGUUCUGAAGGGGCACUGGGACGAGGCGAUAAGACUGGCCAAAGUUCUGGACGGAGAAGAAAAGACUGCUACUCUUUCGGAGUUUGAGCUGGCCUGGACCAACGUACCUCCUAAACCAGGCCACGAGGCAGUAUACGGCUUCUCGGAGUUCACGUCUUCACUCAACGAACCAGAGGAGGGCGUGGCACCCACGGACUCCAGACUCCGCCCAGAUCAGCGGCUCAUGGAGCAGGGGAAUUUUGACGAGGCAAACAAAUUCAAGCAAAAACUGGAAGAGAAGCAACGAAGCAAGCGCCGCAAGAGGGAAGCCCUGGCCGCCAAGGCAGCAGAGGCAGCUGCAGCGGGAGACUCUGAGGAGGCCGCGAUGCUCGAGAAAGAAGCGACCCACGUACCGCUGUGGUUCCAGAAGGAAUACGACCCACUGACCAACACGAUGAUGCACGUGUACAAGGGCGGGUACUGGGAGGGGAAAGUUAGAGGAGAUUGGGGGGCGGAGUUUCCAGACAUAUUCUAGAACACUUUAUUUUCUCACUCUUAGAAAGAGUCCUCAGCUGCAGAACGGCAAAUUCUGCAGACACUGUUUAUCAUUUGAGUCACUUUGUUUUUGCAGAGAUUUUCAUGAGAUUUAUUGCACCAACUUUGC